UGCAAUUCGAUUUUCAGUUUAUAUAGUGAAAGUUGUAUAAAUGAACUUCUCGGCUGCUCGAUUCAUAUGAUAAUGUUGUUGUUCACUUUCAUAGCCAUACUUUUACAAUCACUGAACACCAUCACCGAUGCUUAUGAUCUACAUUUGGCCAAUCUAGAUUAUGAAUUGAAUUCAUUCGAGAAAUAUGUUUAUUAUCAGCAAAAAUUGAACAUUAUGAUGAUUGGUACAGUGCCACAAACACGUCGAAAACAGGAACAAAUGUAUCGAUUUUCAAGUGUUGGCAAUCCGAACAACACUCAUCAUAAAGAAGACGAAAUCGAUACAAUAUUUAUCGUAGAUAAUGGUAGAAUGGUACAUGAAAUUCGUAAUUGUUCAUUCGAUUCACGUGGCAUAAUUAAAUAUUUAAAUUUGGAUUCAAACGCAAAUCAAUCCGUGCCAUUAUCAGAGAAAUGGCCAGCACUAAAUUCAAUUUUAGAUUCGGUGCAAAAUUCUACCAAUGAACGUACUGAAACGAUGAUAUUUUCAUUGACAACAAGUCUUGCUUAUGAAUCUGUAGAGUUUAAUUUCGAAUAUCAAGAACAAAGAUUUCGUAGAGAUGUUGAAAAUAAAACACAAGAUUCAAACUCAACAACAACAACAACAACGACAACGACAACAACAACAUCGACGACAACAAAUCAAGAAAUUAUUUAUGAUGGUGAUGAUCAAGAACUAGGUGAAUAUUAUGUUUGGGUGUUUGCAUUCUAUCAUAACCAUUGUCAGGUUCAUCUAUAUCGUGCAUACAACAUCCUGGCUAUCGAUGGUUAUAAUCAAGUACAUACGAUGACUUUAUCCGGUAGCGAUGAUGAUAAUAAUGAGUAUCAAAAUGAUCGAAUAAGGUUGGCAGCAACAUCUGAUUCAAAUUUAACCAUUCUUUUUGAGCAAUCAUAUCAGGAACAAUUAGAAUCAUUACGUGCACGUUUAGUCACACUAAAUCAAUUGAACAAUAAUGCCGAACAAAUUGUUAAUGGAGAAUUUUUUGUAAAUCCAAAAAUCGAAAACAAUACCGUGACUAACGAGACUGGUGAUGAUAUUGAACAGCAACAGCAACCAACCGAAGGUAAAUGGCAACGACAACCAUCAGGUUUCAUUUGCUAUCGAAAAUAUGACCAAAUUUUUCAAAUAAUCGAUGUGAUGAUCAAUGAAUGUCCUGGUGAUAUGCGUCCCAUUGAAUUGUUCAUAAUUCAAUCAUUUUUUCAUGGCCAAUUUCUCUACAUUUUCGAUCAUCAAUAUGUUUAUAUAUUACGAAAACGACCACGAUAUCCGAACAUUUUUCAAUUGGAAGAUAUUCGUCGAUAUGGUCGUUAUCCGAUGAUUUUUGAACAAGGAUCACUUUUUUUCGAAAUAGUGGUCAUCAUUGAUUCCAUUCUAGCCAUUAUAAUUGUUUUGGCCAUUAUAAUUUCCAUUAUAAUUUUUGCCAUUUAUCCACGUGAAUUACAAGAAUUAUUUUUGGAAAUUGAAAAUACCCGAAAAAGUCUUUAUCCAGUUGCAGCAAAACGUUCUAAAUACAUGAUGAGUACAGCAUUGUUGUCAACAUCGUCAAUUUUAUCCAAAUCCGCAUCAUCGUCAUCGUCAUCAUCGUUAUCGUUAUCGAAAACAUUCGAGGAUGAAGAGAAACAACAAAUGAAUCAAAAAUCAACAACAAAAUCCAAAGCAAAAAUCAAAACCAAAAUAAUGGUGGCAAAACGUAAAUCGAAGACUACGAAAUUCGAUCGAAAUAAAAAGACAAUACUGAAAAAGAACUCAAAAUCUCGAAUGAUGAUGAAAUGGAACAUAAAAAAAAUAAAUAAAUAAAUAAAAUUACAAAUUACAAAUUACAAAU